AUGAAGAUAGGUAUUAUUAACUUAUUUAAAUAGCUCCUCUCAUUUAUUUAAUUCUUUAAGGAAGUACAUUAGUGAUUUAUGGAAUCCUUAAUCCUUAAUUUUUUGAUUUUUCAAAAAUUUCUUUUUAUUAUUUUGCUAUUGUCGUGAUAUUAUCUAUGGGAUUUUAUGCUUAGACUUCUUUGAAAGAUGUAAUAAACUAUUUAAGAAAUAGCCUGGUUAUCUUAUAAUUAGAAGUCCUAACAAUACUGAAUGUUCAAAUUAAAUAACACAAAAACGAAAAAUGUUUUAAUUUUAAGCUAUCCCUUCCAAUGCUAGAACAUAUCCUAUAAUUGAAUAAUAAAAUGUAGUUUAAGAAUAAAAAUCAGAAAAUGAAUAGUAAUUAUAUUAAAUAUUUAUAGAGAAUUACCUUGUGAAGCAUCAUUAGAGGUUAAUCAAUUACCAGAAUUUGAUAUUAAUUAAAUUCCAUCUUUUACUAAAACUCCAGAUAAAUAUCCAUCUCCAUUCAAAGCAUAAAAUACAUUUCAAGAUUUUGAUUCAAAAUAACCAUCUACAUAAGCUUUUUCAAUCACAAGUUAAAAUGAACAUGAAAUUAUUGUUCCUAUUACUAAUAAUGAUUAAUAAAAAGAUUAAGAUGCAUAGAAAUAAAAUGAUAAAAUUUAAUAAAAAGUAAUGAGUGAAGAGAAAAGAAGAAAUAAUAAUAAACUUUAACCAUAACUCUCGAUAUAAGUACAUUCAGUUUAGAAUGAAUAUAUAAGUGAAUAAUAUUCACCAGGAAUGUCAGAGAGAAAUAAAAUUACACAAUCUACAAGAGCAGUGAAUAAAGUAUUUAUAGAAAAAAGGUUUAAUAUUUUAUAAUAGAUUAGAUAUUGUCCAAUUUGUUCAAUUGAUUAAUUAGCAAGAGCUAAACAUUGUUAAUCAUGUAAAAAAUGUGUAGCUUGUUAUGAUCAUCAUUGUCCUUGGGCUGGUAAUUGUAUUGGAGAAAGAAAUAGAUGUGUCUAUUAUUGGUUUUUAGUAUUUUAGAUUUAAGAAAUCUAUUAUGCUUUUAUUAGCGUAUUAAAUUUCAAUAAACUAGUUUUUAGACAUUGCAAAAUCUAGAUUUUGAUCAUUACAAUCCUCUCUUCAAAUUUUUUUCAAUUUACUUUUUAAUCAAUACCAUAUUUUUUGGUGUCUUGGUAACCAGAUUAUUAUGUUUUCAAACAUUUCUUUCAUUUUAAAACUUAACAACAUGUAUUAUAUAUUAUUAUAUAAAAAUAGGGGAAUUUUAUAGUUGGAAUAAGAUCUCAUAUUUGUAAGAAUUACAAAAAAAGAAUGGAUCUCCAUUUAGUUAAGGAUGGAAAAAAAAUCUAUAAACAUAUUGUAGAUUCAAUAUACCAUAACUAACAAUAUGGGAAUAUAAUCCAGAGAGAGUUUAUAAAUGA